ACCCUUCCCAUCAUGGCGUGGGGCCCCGCCCGCUCCGCCGCGGCCGCCGGCGGGAACAGUUCCGGGUGCGGUGCUGUGAGCGCCGGGGCCGGGCAGGGGGCGGUGUCCUGGCCAUGGCCGGCCUGUCGGACCUGGAGCUGCGGCGGGAGCUACAGGCCCUGGGCUUCCAGCCGGGACCCAUCACCGACACCACCCGGGACGUCUACCGCAACAAGCUGCGCCGCCUGCGGGGCGAGGCCCGGCUGCGCGGCGAGGAGCGGCUGCGGGAGGAGGCCCGGGCGCGGGGCGAGGAGCGGCUGCGGGAGGAGGCCCGGCUGCGCGGCGAGGAGCGGCUGCGGGAGGAGGCCCGGCUGCGCGGCGAGGAGCGGCUGCGCGAGGAGGCCCGGCUGCGCGAGGAGGCGCCGCUGCGCGCCCGGCCGGCCGCCGCCUCCCUUCGGUCGGAGCCCUGGCUCUCCUCACCGGCCUCGGGCUCGGCCUACGCGCCUUCCGGGGCCUAUGGCGACCUCGGGGUCUCCGCGCCCUCCUGGUCGGGGAGCCGCGGCCUCGCCUACUCCUCCCGCCCUGCGCCGCUCGGACGCCGCGCUUCGACCCGGGGCAGCUCGGAGGAGGACGAGGACUCCCGGACGCCCGAUAGGGUGGCGCCGAGGCCGGGCCACGGAGUCCGCCGCUGGUGGGCCUCGGCCCCGACUCCGGCGCGGCCGUCCUCCGCCCUCUUCAGCCCCGACCCGCGCCCGGGCCUGCGACCGACGAGAACGGGUCCCACGGGCGCGGCGCGGGCCCGGCCCGAGGUGGGGCGGCGGCUGGAGCGCUGGCUGUCGCGGCUGCUGCUCUGGGCCAGCCUGGGGUUGCUGCUCGCCUUUCUGGGCAUCCUCUGGGUGAAGAUGGGCCAGCCCUCGGCGCCGCAGGAGGCGCGAGACAGCAUGAAAUUAUUGCCAGUGGACUGUGAGAGAAAAACAGAUGAGUUCUGUCAGGCCAAACAGAAGGCGGCCUUGCUGGAGCUGCUGCACGAACUCUACAACUUCCUGGCCACCCAAGCCGGUAAUUUUGAGUGUGGAAAUCCAGAGAAGCUGAAAAGCAAAUGCAUCCCUGUAACGGAAGCCCAGGAGUACAUAGCAAACGUGACCAGCAGCUCCUCUGCCAAGUUUGAAGCCGCGCUGACCUGGAUCCUAAGCAGCAACAAGGAUGUGGGCAUCUGGUUGAAAGGGGAGGACCCAUCUGAGCUGGUGACGACAGUGGACAAGGUGGUCUGCCUGGAGUCUGCCCGGCCCCGAAUGGGGGUCGCCUGCCGCCUAAGCCGAGCCCUGCUCACCGCCGCCACCCACGUGCUCAUCUUCUUCUGGUGCCUGGCCUUUCUGUGGGGGCUGCUGAUCUUCCUGAGGUACCGGUGGCGGAAGCUGGAAGAGGAGGAGCAGGCCAUGUACGAGAUGGUGAAGAAGAUUAUAGACGUGGUACAGGACCACUACGUGGACUGGGAGCAGGACAUGGAGCGCUACCCGUACGUGGGCAUUCUGCAUGUGCGCGACACCCUCAUCCCCCCGCAGAGCCGGAGGCGCAUGAAGCGGAUCUGGGACCGGGCCGUGGAGUUCCUGGCCUCCAACGAAUCCCGGAUCCAGACAGAGUCCCACCGAGUGGCCGGGGAAGACAUGCUGGUGUGGCGGUGGACCAAGCCCUCCGCCUUCUCUGACUCGGAGCGAUAGGCCCUGCGUGGGGGCCUGUUCCUCUUCAGCCUGACCUAGGCCAGUCCCCCAGGGGCGUGAGGGGCCGCUGUCCUGCCAGUGCUGUGUUCACACUUGCCUUGACGUUCCCCCGCCUCCUGACCCUGCCUGCAGAGGCUCCGUGAGACUCUCAGAGCUGACCUCAGGGGAACGUGCGGCUCCUUGGAGGGCAGGGUGGAGGUGCUCUGCCCUGUUUUGCUGGCAGAGAAGGGUUGAAGGGUUUGUGUGUCAUGAAAAGAUAAAGCACGAUAGCCAUGAGACCCUGAGAGCAAGUGUGCAGCUGGGCGGGCGCCAGGCAGCAAGUGGGCCGGGUUGCGGGCCAGGUGGCUGGGGGGGAGCAGCUUGGUUAUGUGCCUUUGGGGGUGUCGGAGCUCCAGGGGAGGGAGGCCUGUCCUCCAGCUAAUCGGGCCCCUGACCCCAGAGGGGAGGUGCUAGAAACCAGGACGGGUGCUGAGGGAGAGCUGGCCAGGCCCACAGGCCUCGGGCCAGGAGGUCAGCAGCUGGUGUGGCCUCCGGGUGGAACCAGGAGUGGGCCCAGCCCAGAGCAGGGGGGAGGGCCAUGGCUGCUGCUGGGCACCCGGCGGGAGGCAGCGUCCAGGACCCCGGGACCUGGUGCUUGCUGUGGGCAAAGACCACCCUGUUCCCGCGACCACGGCCCCCGCCCUGGCAGGUGGACGAGAACUUCAGCACAGCGCUGCUGCCGUGAGGGGGCUGGGUGCAGGGCCUCCAGAUAUAGCCACGGGGCCUUGUUAGUGCGAAGAGCCUCCAGCAGUGGUGCCCCGCGUGCUCUUCCACAGCAGGCAGAAGAGGAGCCGGCCAAGGAGACAGAACAGCUGCCUCCAAAGGCUUUACCCACCCCUUUCUGGUCUUAUCAGUAUUUUUUGUUUCCUUAAUAAAGCUCCAGUGUCCUUCAUUUGAGCAAUACUCUCUCAUUUCCUCUGAUGUCCGGGUGAUCGGCGGGGCUGCGAUCCAAGCGCCAGCCCCGUGGCAAAGCAGCAGUCUCCUAAUCAGGCUCCAGCCGAAGAGGAAGAGACUGCAGGCCCCGUAUCAGGGUUGAAACUGCUGGAUAAAUAAACUAUUUAUUAAAAAUG